AUGGAAAAUUCAUUUCAUAGUCAAUUUAAAUUUUAUAAAAAGAAAAAAGGAGAAUUAAAUUUAGAUAAUGUAAUUGAUUUCAACAAUUUGGAACGAAACGAACAUUAUAAAAAAGUACAUUCAUUUGGUGAAUGGGAAGAAUCAUUCGGAAUGAAAAAAAAAUCUGAUUGGGAUGCUUAUGAAAUUCUCAGCAAACCAGGUUUAUUUUUUAUUAAAAAUCCAUUUAAAUUUAUUGGACAAAGAUACUGGAUCAUUAGAUGUUUGGAAUAUUAUACAAGAAAACCUAACAAACUAAAUAUUGAUAUUCAUAAUAUAUUAACUGAAGAAGAUGACUGGUGGAGUUAUUGUAAAAAAAACUUCAAUACAGCAAAUGGUAAAUUAGUUCUCGACAAAUUAAGAUGGGUAACUUUUGGCUAUCAUCAUAAUUGGGACACCAAGGUAUAUAGUGAGUCAUCAAAGAGCAGCUUUCCUGAAGAUUUAAAUUUGCUUUGUAAUCAUUUUGCAAAUAAUUUUUUUUUUGAAGGUUUCAAUGCAGAAGCUGCAAUCGUUAAUAUGUAUCAUUUAAAUUCAACUUUAUCAGGUCACACUGAUACCUCUGAAUUGAACAUAAAUGCUCCAUUGUUUUCAUUCAGUUUUGGGCAGUCUGCUAUUUUCUUAAUUGGUGGGAAAUUUAUUAACGAUAGUGCACUUCCGAUUUUAGUGGAAAGUGGAGAUGUUUUAAUCAUGUCAGAAAUUGUCGAUAAGUUGUCAGAUGAUGUAGAAUGGGAACCAUUUAAUUCUUAUAUCAAUAGGGCAAGAAUUAAUAUGAAUGUUAGACAGGACUUGUCCAAACUAUAA